UGCAGAUCAGGAGGGGGUGGAGGGUAGGAGGAGGGUGCCCGAAGGCAGGGGUCGAAGAGGGGGGGUCUUGAGACGGGCCGCCUCCGCGCGCCCGGCCCCGAGGCCGACACGUUCGAGGAUUCCGGGAAUAUUUCUAAAAUCCCAUUGAACAAACGGCAGAUACACCAGUCCUCCUCUCGCACACUAAUUAAAAGGCUGAGCCGGUAGAGCGGCGACUGACUCCCAGCAGAAUGUACCUUACACCCGUCACCCGGCUGCGUCAUCUGUGACGAGUCAUUAUUUGAAUAUCUUGUCAAGAGUGUGUUAAGUUGAUUAAUCGUCUUGGAUCUUGGUCUCACCCAGUCUAACUGGACUGGUGCCUGGACGCGGGCUGGGAGUGAAUCUGUUGAGUGAGCUAUUGAGACUGACUUGGGCUGGGGGGUGAAGCAGUGAGUCUGCAGAUUAUCUCAGCAGAAAUAGUCUGCGAUGAGGGUGCUGAGCUGCAGCACACGUGGAGUCAGUUGGGAGGCAGGAACUCCCGAUUGGAUCCCAGCGUUGGUGUCCCAGCAUAAUAAAGAGGUGAAGUGUUGGCGUGCCUUGUGCAGUCACUUCACAGGAUGGAAGUUUACGGCAUUCGGAGUGUGAUGCUCUUUGCUUUGUACACCAGAAUCCUCACUGUCCUCUUGCAGGUUCUGUUUAAUUCCCUAAUUCCCGACCACACUGCCGAUGCCUUCAGUCCACCCCAGCUGCACAAUUCCACGUUGGGAGAUGUGAUAGUGCAAACCCUGCUUAGUGGUUUUUCCCGCUGGGAUGCACAGCACUUUCUAUUCAUCGCGGAGUUUGGCUAUGUCUUUGAGCACAACUUUGCCUUCCUGCCCUUGUUUCCGGGGUGCAUGCGGAUAGUGGCUGAAACUCUUGCCUCACCGUGCAAGGGGUGUCUGAGCCUCCACAACCGCCUGCUGCUGUCUGGGGUGCUGCUAAACACAGUUCUGUUCACAUUGGCAGCCGGAGCCUUGUACAAGCUGAGUUGUGUGGUGCUGAAGGAUCACAGCAUGGCCACCCUUGCCAGCUUGCUCUUUUGCCUCACUCCAGUUAGUGUCUUCAUGUCAGCUGCCUACUCGGAGAGCAUGUUCAUACUGCUGGCACUGGCAGGGAUGUGGCAGCUGGAGAUCGGAUGGUCAGUGCUGGGCUGUGUAUUCUUUGCCUUAGCCACAGCCACACGCUCCAAUGGGACGGUAAACGCUGGGUUCCUCAUCUACUUGGAGCUGAAGCGCAGUGUGAGGCACGUGAGGGCGGUGAUGAAGUCGGCAGUGAAUGGACCUCAGACAUGGUGUUGGCUCCGUGUAGCUGCUCAGUCAGUGCUGACGGUGGCCGGAGGCACGAUCGCAAUUGUGUUGCCCUUUGCACUCUUCCAGUAUUAUGGCUACCUGACCUUCUGCACACCGACUGUGACCUCAGGGCAGGAUGUCCCUCAGCCUCUCUUACAGCUCGCCAGGGAGAAGGGCUACAGGGUCCCCGAUAUAAACAUGGCGCUGCCGAGUUGGUGCUCUCACCGCUUCCCCCUGAUCUACUCCUACAUCCAGAAAGUGUACUGGAAUCUGGGCUUCCUGAAGUAUUACCAACUCCGACAGCUGCCCAACUUCCUGCUGGCACUGCCAGCUGCCUUCCUGGGUGGCUGGGCUGCCUGGCAAUAUGUGGCAGCUGAUUUCUGGUAUUGUGUGCGGCUGGGACUGGUCAGCAAGAGGAGAACGGAGGUGGGAGAGAAGAAGCCAGCAAACGGGUUUCACAGCCCAGAGGUGUUCAUCUAUCUCGUGCACAUGGCAGGACUGCUUGCGUUUGCCGUGUGUUUCAUGCACAUUCAGGUUUUGACCAGGUUCUUGGCCUCAUCAUCUCCUGUCCUGUAUUGGUUCUGUGCUCACCUGAUUCAGAAAGCGGAGGCUGAACAUGCCACGUGGAACAGUGUUGCUGCCCCCACUAACCCCGUGUUGCCCAAAAACAUCCUGACGGAACUGCUUCUGGACUGGAGACAACGAAGCCCAACUACUCGCUGGCUCCUGGCCUACUUUCUGUUGUACUGGCUCCUUGGUCUGUUACUGCAUUGCAACUUCCUCCCGUGGACAUGAGCCUCAGAAUGUUUCAGACAUUCAUUCGCUCAAUAUGUUCCAUUCAUCAUCAACAACAAUUUAACUUAUAUAGUUCCCUCCAUGCAGGAUAGC